GACAUGAUAUCAUGCUGGGGUGAAGAGGGAGGAUGAAUUGGCGGCGGGGAUGAAUUUGAGUUGACGGAAGGAGGCGUCCAGAAAGGAAAGGGAGAAAAAGGAAAGACGACCACAGUUCCCAUGAUGCCUGGAGGGGAGACUAUAUUUCCCUUGGUUCCUCGGGAAGGGGCGUGAGGACCGAAGACUGCAAGUCCCGCGAUGCUCUUGGCGGGCAGGUGGCGGAGAUUGAACCGGAAGACGCUUCUCGAGUGUGUGGAGUUCAGUGACUGUUUUUGAGCAACCAAAAGUCAAAUAUGAAACUGUUCUGCCUAUCUGGGCACCCAACCUUGCCAUGCAAUGUGCUCAAAUUCAAAUCGACCAUGAUUAUGUUGGACUGUGGACUGGACAUGACUUCUACCCUCAGUUUCCUUCCUCUGCCACUGGUUCAAAGUCCCAGGCUGUCUAAUCUUCCUGGCUGGUCCCUCAAGGAUGGAAAUGCUUUCUUGGACAAGGAGCUAAAGGAGUGCUCAGGUCAUGUAUUUGUGGAUUCUGUGCCUGAAUUCUGUUUACCAGAGACUGAGCUAAUAGACCUGUCUACGGUGGAUGUGAUUCUCAUCUCUAACUAUCACUGUAUGAUGGCCCUGCCCUACAUCACUGAGCACACUGGAUUCUCGGGCACAGUGUAUGCCACAGAACCCACUGUUCAGAUUGGCAGGCUUCUGAUGGAAGAGCUGGUGAAUUUCAUUGAAAGAGUGCCAAAGGCUCAGUCUGCCUCCUUGUGGAAGAGUAAGGACAUACAGAGGCUGCUGCCUUCUCCUCUCAAGGACGCGGUGGAAGCGUCAACCUGGAGAAGAUGCUACACGAUGCAAGAGGUCAACGCUGCCCUCAGUAAAAUCCGGCUGGUGGGAUAUUCUCAGAAAAUCGAGCUUUUUGGUGCAGUCCAGGUGACUCCUCUAAGUUCUGGCUAUGCCCUUGGAAGCUCCAACUGGAUUAUCCAGUCUCAUUACGAGAAGGUAUCUUACGUCUCUGGGUCCUCCUUGCUCACCACACACCCCCAGCCCAUGGACCAAGCUUCUCUCAAAAAUAGUGACGUUCUUGUUCUGACGGGGCUCACGCAGAUUCCCACUGCAAACCCAGACGGCAUGGUGGGAGAGUUCUGCAGCAACCUAGCCCUGACGGUCCGGAAUGGAGGAAACGUGCUGGUCCCCUGCUACCCCUCGGGGGUGAUCUACGACCUCCUCGAGUGCCUGUAUCAGUACAUGGACUCAGCCGGCCUCUCCAGCGUGCCCCUGUACUUCAUCUCUCCUGUGGCCAACAGUUCCCUGGAAUUCUCCCAGAUUUUUGCUGAGUGGCUUUGUCACAACAAACAGAGUAAGGUGUAUCUCCCAGAGCCGCCUUUUCCACACGCCGAGCUCAUUCAGACCAAUAAGCUGAAACACUACCCCAGCAUCCACGGAGACUUCAGCAAUGAUUUCAGACAGCCGUGUGUAUUGUUCACUGGGCACCCUUCCCUCCGAUUUGGGGACGUGGUCCACUUCAUGGAGCUCUGGGGAAAAUCUAGUCUCAACACUGUCAUAUUCACAGAACCGGACUUCUCCUACCUGGAGGCCCUGGCUCCCUACCAGCCGCUGGCCAUGAAGUGCAUAUACUGCCCCAUCGAUACGCGGCUGAACUUCAUCCAGGUGUCCAAGCUGCUUAAAGAAGUGCAGCCCCUGCACGUGGUCUGUCCUGAGCAGUACACGCAGCCGCCCCCAGCCCAGUCCCACAGGACAGACCUUGUAAUCGACUGCCAGCCCCCAGCCACAUCCUAUCGGCGGGCCGAGGUCCUCACCCUGCCCUUCAAACGUCGGUACGAGAAGAUCGAGAUCAUGCCCGAGCUUGCAGAUUCCCUGGUGCCCAUGGAGAUCAAGCCCGGCAUCUCCUUGGCGACCGUCUCUGCUGUUCUGUACACCAAGGAUAACAAGCAUGUGCUUCAGCCUCCUCCCAGGCCUGCCCAGCCGACAAGCAGUAAGAAGAGAAAGCGGGUGAGCGAUGACGUCCCAGAUUGUAAGGUUCUGAAGCCUCUGCUGAGCGGGUCCAUCCCGGUGGAGCAGUUUGUACAGACUUUAGAGAAGCAUGGCUUCAGUGACAUUAAGGUGGAGGACACUGCCAAGGGCCACAUCGUCCUGCUGCAGGAGGCUGAGACCCUCAUCCAGCUUGAGGAAGAUUCCACCCAUAUCAUUUGUGACAAUGACGAGAUGCUCAGGGUACGACUACGGGACCUUGUCCUCAAAUUUUUACAGAAGUUCUGAGUGGGACAUCUGAACCAUUAACACCUCCUGAACGCCUACAAGCCCUCCUUCCCCCCCAGCCAUGUCUCUGAAGGGGCCUCUGGCCUAAGGAAUGAAAUAAAUUAUGGCAGGAGACAAUCUGGAGCAAUGGCCAGGGUCUCCUGGUCUGGGUUCCCAGCACUGUUUCAGGUGAGAACUUUCCCUUUUAACUUGAAGCUCACCAUUUUCUCCUGGACUCGCCUUGAGGAACUGAGGAGCAGCCUGCGUGUGACCAAAGCAGCUUUCCAAGAGGCUUAUGGUGGACAGAAGUAAGGGGGCUUGUUGCUGUAUGGGACUUGCUGUUCAUAGUGCCCAGGUCUUGGCAGGAGGACUUGUCUUUAAUUCUGUACUUAAGAAAGAUGGGCCCCAAAAUUAAUAAGAUGAACUCACACAUCUUUUACAAUGUGAGCCCAUUUUGCUAUUAAAAACUUAUUUUUUAUAGAA